AUGUUCAUUUGCAGGUUAUGUUCGCGCAGAAUUGGCGCCAAUUCGUGUUUACGUCCGAUCGACCAAGUCCGAGUGACAUCCAAUCUAUGUCAGACUGACGUGACAGUUCUUCAAUUUUCUGAGUGAACCCGGUGCCCGAACGAGUCGCGGGCUGUCGUUCGUAACGUUAAGAAUCAGCGAGUGCCUGCCAUUCCGCGAAACGACAAUGGUCCGACGAAAACCUGUGCCGAGGUCGUCUUCUGCCAAAACGAGAAAAGACAAAGAAGACAAAACAACUGUAAUAGUGGCUAGAAAGAAAAGAAAGAACCACGUGCUGCAGGAAAUUAGAAGUUUAAGGAGAACCACAGGCUUUCUCAUACCUAAACUAGUUUUCGCGCGUUUAGUCAGAGAAAUUAUACUCGACAUAUUCCCCAGAGAAGACAUUACCAGGAUACAAGCCACUGCUCUCGAAGCCCUGCAAGAAGCAACAGAGAUGUACGUCGUGCAAUUCUUCGAAGAUUCAGUAUUGCUGGCAUACCACGCUAAACGAGUCACUCUUAUGCGAAACGAUAUGAUUUUAAUGCGCAGAUUGAGGGGUCGCGAUGACAUCAUUAACAGAUAAGAAUUUCACUUCGUAUAAGUUCAGAUCAAUUUUAAGUACUUCAAAAUAAAACGAAUUCUUUCACUUUUUUUUUAUUCUGGCUCUAGAAAAUGGGCAACAAAAGAUAUCUAUCUCUCUUGUAUAUGAUGUUAAUACAAUUUAUGAACAAUGACGAAAAGAGAUAUAUAGAAUAAAACUGACCAUAUUAGGCUUAGUGCUUAAUUAUGCUUAAUUUAAAAUCGACACUUGAAAUACAAAAUAUGUUAUAUUUAAUGGAAGACUCAGGAAUACGCGAUCAGAUAGCAAUCUUAUCGCACUUUUUAAGACAAUCAAAAUCCAAACAAUAUUGUAAAAAAGAUAUAGUUAUAAAACUUGUGAAGUAUUAAUGCCCAAUGCAUAUUUAUCACUUUGUGUAAAUUUUGUUGCGUAUUGAUGUGUGAUAAAUAUUGCGAAGUUACUGAAUCAUCAUGUAUCCAUCAUUUUUAUAAAUCACACGUUUAAUAUAUUUUUUUAAAAACGGACAGAGAAAAUACAAUUUUUUCGCCUUUUUUCCCUUAAAGUACUGAAAGAGGACUGAAGAUAAGCGAUCUUGUCUCGCUAAAUAAAAUUUAUUUCUGAGAAACAUUUCAAACAUUUCGAUAAAAUUCGUAACUUUAUGAAACUUUGGUAAAAUAUACAGUUUUACGAUAAUCAGGCGGAUCUCUUAAACUACAAAUAUCGAAGCGUUGCCGUUUCAACUCCCGACGAGAGCGUAUCGGCAAUUGGUACAAUAAAAACAGUGUUAAAUAGUAAAAUAUCGCGCGACCUGGAAAACAGUCACGCUGUGUACCGAGUGUUCGGUUUUCACGAUCUCUACGACGAUAUUCCUUAUUAAAAGUCAAUACAGUUCUUUUUUCAUGAUAAAAAUAUACACGAAUCAUCGAUCCGAAAAACAUCGGAAUUUUAAAGUUAGAGAAGACAGAAGUCGUGUAAAAUUUCUUUGACUAAUUUUAGGUUCCAUCUCAAUGGAAUCUAGGCACAGUUUACUUGAUAUAAUUAUCAAGAUAUUUAACUCUAAGAUACUACAAGAAAAAAUAUGUAGCGUUUGAUUAAAUAUUGGGGAGGGGGGGAAAGUCAUUCUUUUCAGUUUCAAUAUACAGACAUAUGUAAGAAGAGAUAUCGCCACACCGCGAAUACCGAACGCCCCAUACAAUCAUGUAUAAAUGUGUUUUCGGUGUUAGCUGCAAUAAGAACAACCAUAACUCGUGACUCACGCGAGCCACAUGCGCGUCUCUUUGAAACGCGGUCUAAGAGUAAAGAACUGCCUAGAAAAAUAGUAUUACAAAUAACGACUUAGCCGCCUCACGAGCUUCACGAUUCGUUCGCGUUUCUAUACAUAUACAAUAUACAUAUAUGAUGUAUACGAGAUACAAUUCAUUCACGAAAGAAAAUACAUUACAAAAAAAGGCACCUGGAAAAGCAGGCUAAUUACUCGCGUAAGCGCCGAGUCAAGUCUCGGGGCUUCUACGAAGACACUUCUCGCCGUGUCUUUAGGCACAACAUAUUUCGCUAUUAUAUAUACUUUCAUGCUGCCUGUCAUUGUACAUGAAGCGAAUCACAAAGUUCGGAUUACACCUUCGCGUCGCGAAAUUAAAUACACGAAAUACAGGAAUCACCGACUGCUGAAUAUUUUCGUAUGCAACGGUCUUGAAAGACUUUUUUCUUCGAACAACGUAUAAAAGA